GUGUGUGUGUGUGUGUGUGUGUGUGUGUGUGUGUGUGUGUGUGUGUGUGUGUGUGUGUGUGUGUGUGUGUGUGUGUGAACAGCAUGGCCAACAUUGCGGUCCAGCGGAUCAAACGGGAGUUUAAAGAGGUCGUUAAAAGCGAAGAGACGAGUAAAAACCAGAUCAAGGUGGAUUUAGUGGAUGAGAAUUUCACAGAACUGAAGGGGGAGAUCGCAGGACCGCCAGAUACGCCUUAUGAAGGUGGCAGAUAUCAGCUAGAAAUAAAAAUCCCAGAGACAUAUCCGUUUAAUCCACCUAAGGUUCGGUUUAUAACGAAGAUCUGGCAUCCCAACAUCAGCUCAGUAACAGGUGCCAUUUGUUUGGACAUCCUGAAGGACCAGUGGGCAGCGGCGAUGACCCUCCGAACAGUUUUACUGUCACUACAGGCUCUUCUGGCCGCCGCUGAACCAGAUGACCCACAGGACGCUGUAGUGGCCAAUCAGUAUAAACAGAACCCACAGAUGUUCAAACAGACGGCUCGACUCUGGUCACAUGUUUACGCAGGAGCUCCCGUCUCCAGCCCAGAAUACACUCGCAAAAUAGACAAGCUCUGCGCCAUGGGCUUUGAUAAAAACGCAGUGAUAGCGGCGUUGUCGUCGAAAUCCUGGGACGUGGAGACCGCGACAGAACUGCUGCUUAGUAAUUGAGUCAAACCUGAGGGGCCAAAGCACCUUAUCUGACACAAUCCACACUACCUUCAUCUUCAUGAAUCUCUUUUUCUUCAUCCAUCUUUUACCAUUCCUCUGUUCAGAACAGUUCAUCCCAAAGUGAAAAUGGCGUCAUCUUUAUGUUGUUCUAAACUUGUCUGACUUUAUUUCUUCCACGGGAGACUUUCAGUUGGAUGUUCAGGCUGCUCUGUAUCUGUACACAGAACGUCGGCUGGUGAUUGGGCAGUAAAAACCUCCACACGUUUUCCUUGCACAAAUGCAGAUUGGUAUGGAAGCUUUUUGAAAAAAAUUAAUCAAUACAUUGUCUAUAAACAAAAGUCAUAACUGCAAGAUGUAAACUCAGAAUUAUUUUUUCCACAUUGCAAUUUUAAGUUUAUAUCUCACAGUUCCUCUAAACUGAGUUCCAUUUUGAGUCGUAUCUCAAAAGUUUAUAUUUCGUAAUUCUGAGUUUGUCUUAAAAUUCUUUAAUUUCAUCUCAUAAUUCAGUUUCAAUUUCACUGAGUUUAUAUCUCAGAAUUCUGAGUUUGUCAUUGUCUCAAAAUUCUGUUGUGUGAUGUAAUCUCAAAAAAAUCACUAUCACCUUAGUUUUUUAUUCCGUGGCAGAAAUGGGCUUCCAUAGGUUUGGAACAACAAGAGAGAGGGAAAAUUUUGGGGUAAAAUGACAAUUUUUUUCCUUUAUAUAUUCUGCUCUCUCUUCUUUCGUUUAUUAAUUUUGGUUUGAAUGUGCCUUUUUUCCUUCUUUCUCAUAAUAAUAAUAAUCAUCAUCAUCAUCUCCCUCAGAUUGGUUCUGCAAUCUGACUCUAGCCCCGCCCCCUCAAACACACGCCCAAUCAGCACUGUGGUCAUUUAUCUGGGAAGACAUUAUGAUUACAUUUUCCAAACUCCAGUCUCGCAAUGGUUCCUUCACUCAUAGAUGUUAAUCUCAAACAGUCAAGACAGGAAGAAACCCUCACACACAAAUAAAUAAAAGACGAGAGUUCUUCUGUAAAUAAAGCUAUUAAAGUCUGUAUAAAUUUAAGCAAUGUGGCAAUGCCUUUAUUUAUUAUUGCUUUGUGGAAAAGUGAAAUAAACACCAGUUUCAUGGCUGAGCAUGUGA